AUUUUACCUAGCUGUAGAGGCAGCAGUUGUUCGUAGCAGUAGAAGCAUUGCAUGUUUUUACAGGAGGAGUUGGACGGAUAAACACUACAAAAAAGAGGCAUAAGCCCUUUAAAGGUUGAAAUCCCUUGAAAACAAAGGGUCAGCCAAGAUGGCUAUUAACUGGGGAGUUAAGGCUCUUCUCGGCUGGGUCAACACCUUAAAGCUGUCUGAUCGAGAAAUAUCUAUCGAGGAUUUACAAGAUGGGACAGUCUUGCUUAAAGUUGUUAAUAUGCUGAAAAAGGAGCCCAAGUAUCGUUUCAGUAAUUCCACUGAGGAACGAUUCAAGGUCAUUGCAGACUUUUUGGAAAGGGAUUGCAGAUUUAGUGCAGCCAAGGGCACUUCAUUAUCAUGGGCCAGCAUUAGAGAUGGCUUCAACCUAACAGUAGAAAUUGCAAAGGUGCUUUUGUUGCUCGUUUACCAUGACAUAAUGAAUGACCGCUGCACUCUGAAUGCGUUGGACUGUGAUGUGGAGCAAGAGAUAGCACACCUAACUGGUUCCUUUGUGAUGGAGAGCGAUGGCUGCGUUUAUCUGAGUGAUGGACUUGAUGCCUAUUUGGCAAGGAAACGUUUGCCUGUCCGCUGUGAAAUUUUUCGAUCAGCAACCACCUCUACCUCCAAUGUGUCGACUAUCUCCUCGUUCUCAGAUGACGAGUCCCCCGUCUUCCAUCGCAAAAAGAAAAUCACAUUUGUGGAGAUGCAAACUGUGGCUUCUUCCUCGGUCAGCAAGUCUCCUCUGCAGGAUAUCAUGAACACACCUAAAUUUCAGUUGAGGAAAGUGCAGCGACAGAUGAUCAAGGAGAGAGACUACAGAGACGGGUUGGAGAGGGAGCUGGCCAGCAAGCUUGCACUUAUUGCAGAGAGAGAGUCCCAUAUUAACCAGCUGCAGUACCGCCUGGAUAAGCUGAAAGAAGAGCAAAGUGAUCAGGAGCAGGUUAUCAGGGAACAAAUCAAUGAGCUUGAGACCAAGAACGACAUGUUGCAAACACGUCUUAAUGAGAUGUUAAAGCAGAAUAAAGACCUCAAGAGUAACUCCUCACUUAUGGAGCGCAAAGUGGAUGAGCUGUCAGAUGAAAACGGUGUGCUUGCAUCGCAGGUGAGAACAGUGUCUUCACAGCUGGCCAUCUUUGAGGCAGAAGUUAGCAGGCUGACAGAGACCCAAGCAUUUGCCCAGGAGGAGUGGAGAAGCAAAACAGGCCACUUACAGUCCGAACUUGACCAAGCUACUGCUCAAAAGGAGCUACUGACUGAACAAAUUCAGAUCCUCCAGGGAAAGAUUUCCUGUUUGGAGGAUGAAAUAAGCAGGGCCACUAAGGAGGAAGUAGGGGAGAAUAUGGGGCCUGUAAUGGAGCAAGAAAUGUUGACCAGUUUGAAGAUUGAGCUGGAGAACACAUUUUGCUCCCUGAAACAGGCUGAGGUAGAGGUGGUGGCCAAAACACAGCAGCUGGCAGAGUAUCAACAAGAAAUUAAUCAACAGAAAGAGCUCCUGAAACAGCAGGAGUCCCAAACUGAAGAAAUGAUUCAAGCCAAGGAUGAAAUUCUAAACAAACUGCAAAAGGAGAUUGUUGAGCAGAGAGUAGCCCUUCAACAAGAGAUCCAGGAUCUUAAGAUUCAGCUUGAGCAAGCUGAGCAGCAGAAGGCUGAGCAGAUGAGCAGACUACAGCAGCACAUUACUGCUUGUGAACAAGAAGUUGAAAAACUAAAGGAAAUUAAGAAAGAAAAGGAAGACCUUCUCUCCCAGACUGAAGAAAAUUUGAAAGAUCUCAAGACAAAAUUAUCUGCUGCUAGUUCCCUCUUAGCUGAUAAAGACAAACAAAUUGACAGCCUUAAAGGAGAAGCUGACAUUCUUAAAGAUGAAACCAAAAACAGCAAAAAUGAAAUUCAAGCCAAAGAGGAAAUGCUUGCCAAAUUACUUCUGGAGAAGUCUCAUGAGCAAGACAUUUUUCAGAAUAAAAUCCAGACCUUAACAGACCAAGUAGAAGACCUUAGCUCGUCUCUCAAACAGGCUCAGCAGGAAAUUCAAUUUAAGCAAGACCAACUGACCAAAACCCAACAAGAGAAUGUCCAACAAAGGGAAGUACUCCAACAACAGAUUGUAACCUGUGAAGAGGAGAUUCAGAGGUUAAAAGAAGAGAUACAAGAAAGAAACGAGCAGCUUGUUCUUCUAAAGAAUGACAGCUCUCGACACUCUGAAUUGUUGGAGCAAGAGAUAACAGGUCUAAAAUGCCAACUAGAAAGUUUAAAUGACUCUCUCAGAAAGGCUGAGGGACAAGUUCAGGCUCAGAAGGUCAUGCUUACAAACCAGGAGCAGCAAAAUGCUCAUCAGACCGAGGUCCUGCAGCAACAACUUUCUGCUUCUGAAGAGAGGGUGAGGAGCAUGAAGGAGGAGAUCCAGGCUAAAGAGGAACAGAUGGACAUGUUGAAAAAUCAAAGUUCAGAGCAGUCAGAACUCCUACAUGAAAAGCUCCAAGAUUUAAAGAAACAGGUUGAGUGUCUCAGUUCCUCACUGAAGAAUGCUGAGGAGAAGUUGCAGUCCAAGGAAAACCUGUUUGCUGAACAGCAACUACAGAGGACUCAGGAUAUGGAGGCUCUCCAGGUGCAGAUGGUGGCAUCUCAGGAGGAGGUGAAGAGGCUCAAUGCAGAGAUUCACGCUAAGGAGGAGCAAUUAGUUCUGCUAAAGCAUGACACCUCUACACACUCUGAAUUACUACAGAAAGAGAUUGAAAGUCUGAAUAAACAAAUAAGUACUAUGAGCAGUUCCCUUGAGAUCGCCAAGGACCAAGCCCAAGCCAAAGAAGAUGCGAUGGCCAAUCAGAAGCAGGAGAGUGCUUUGCAGAUUGAGGCGCUUGGAAAACACAGUGCAGAUCUUGAGAAGGAGGUUAAUCGGCUGAAGGAGGAGAUUCAAACUAAAGAAUGUGAGGCAGACCUGUUGAAGGCUGAGAGCUGCAAAGAGUCACAAGUGCUGCAGAAGGAGAUCCAAACUCUUAAAGACCAAGUAGAAAGUUUGAACGAAUCCCUGAAGACUACAACAGAACAGGUUCAGGUUAAAGAAAACCUGCUGACUCAAAAGGAAAUGGAGAUUUCUCAGGAAACAGAAAAAUUUCAAAACAUGAUGGCAGCCUCUGAAGAGGAGAUUCGAGGCCUUAAGGAGCAGAUCCAGGCUAAAGAGGAACAGAUGGACUUGUUGAAAAAUCAAAGUUCAGAGCAGUCAGAACUCCUACAUCAAGAGCUACAGGAUUUAAAGAAACAGGUUGAGUGUCUCAGUUCCUCACUGAAGAAUGCCGAGGAGAAGUUGCAGUCCAAGGAAAACCUGUUUGCUGAACAGCAACUACAGAGGACUCAGGAUAUGGAGGCUCUCCAGGUGCAGAUGGUGGCAUCUCAAGAGGAGGUGAAGAGGCUCAAUGCAGAGAUUCACGCUAAGGAGGAGCAAUUAGUUCUGCUAAAGCAUGACACCUCUACACACUCUGAAUUACUACAGAAAGAGAUUGAAAAUCUGAAUAAACAAAUAAGUACUAUGAGCAGUUCCCUUGAGAUCGCCAAGGACCAAGCCCAAGCCAAAGAAGAUGCGAUGGCCAAUCAGAAGCAGGAGAGUGCUUUGCAGAUUGAGGCGCUUGGAAAACACAGUGCAGAUCUUGAGGAGGAGGUUAAUCGGCUGAAGGAGGAGAUUCAAACUAAAGAAUGUGAGGCAGACCUGUUGAAGGCUGAGAGCUGCAAAGAGUCACAAGUGCUGCAGAAGGAGAUCCAGACUCUUAAAGACCAAGUAGAAAGUUUGAACGAAUCCCUGAAGACUACAACAGAACAGGUUCAGGCUAAAGAAAACCUGCUGACUCAAAAGGAAAUGGAGAUUUCUCAGGAAACAGAGAAAUUUCAAAACAUGACAGCAGCCUCUGAAGAGGAGAUUCGAGGGCUUAAGGAGCAGAUCCAGGCUAAAGAGGAAGAGCUGAUCACACAAAGAAAAGAGGGCUCCAUACAUUCUGACAUACUACAGCAAGAGAUCAAAUGUCUCAAAAACCAACUUGCUGAUAUGGGUGACUCUCUCACAAAGGCUGAGGAGAAGGUUCAGACUCACCUGGUUAUGCUCACCAAUCAGGAGCAGGAAAGUGCCCAUCAGAAGGAGCUUCUGCAGCAACAACUCUCAACUUCUGAGGAAGAGGUGAGGAAAAUGAAAGAGGAGAUCCGAGCUAAAGAGGAACAAAUAAUACUGCUGAAGACCGACAGCUCAGAGCAGUCUGAUUUGCGACAGCAAGAGAUCCAAAGUUUAAAGACACAAGUGGAGACUCUUGGCUCCUCACUGAGGAAGGCUGAGGAGGAUAUGAAAUCCAAGGAACAUCUGUUGGCUCAACAAGAGCAAGAAAAUGCUCAACAGAGGGACGCUCUCAAAAACCUACAGGAGAAAGUCGAACAAGUAGAGAUUCUGAAUAAACAGAUUUCUUUACGGGAAGAAGAGAUUCAAAAGCUAAAAGAGUCUCAGAGUGAGAAUGAAAACCUCCUCCUCAAGGCUGAGGAGAAACUGCAGACACUUCAAGCAGAGCUGACUGCAGUCAACACACUCAUAACCGAUAAAGACCAAAGUUUGAACACUCUCAGAGAGGAGGUAGCUGCCCAAGCUAACUUGGUUCACAGAGCCAAAGAGGAAGCUGAGGCCAAUGAGAAAAUGCUGGCUAAGAUAAAGGAGGAGAGCUCCAACCAGACAGAUGCUCUUCACCAUGAGAUCCAGGAUCUGAAAGGGGAACUGAAAACCACUUCUUUGAAUCUUCAGGCUAAAGAGCAGAUGUUACUUGAAACUCAGAAGGAGUCCGCUGAGCAGAUAGACCUCCUCCAGCAUCAGCUUGCCUCUGUAAAUGCAGAGCUGAACCAACACAAAGAGACACAAGCUGCAGACCUAAAACUGAAAGAGGCUGCACAGGACGCCACUUUUAGGGAGAAGGAAGCACUUGCUCAGGAAAAGGAAGCGCUCAUGGCCAGGAUACUCCAGGCGGAAAACAAUCAGAAAGCUCUGGAGAAACAACUUGAAGGCAUGGUGUUUGAAAAGGAGAGACUUGCUCAAGCCAAACAGGCUGUAGAGAGAGAGAACACAGCGUCCCACAAACUGGAAUCUUGGCUACGGCAGGAGGUGGAAAUAUUAAAAACGGAGAAAGAGAAACUCUUGAGAGUAAAAGCCGAAGAAAUUGAGAUGCUAAAGAGAGAUCUGCAGGAACAGCUCUCUGCUAAAUCUGAGGCUGCAGAACACUACAAGGCACAGAUGGAGAAGGCAAUGAGUCAUUACAAUGUCAAGAAGCAGCUUCUCCAGGAGAGCCAAGAGGAGGUGGCUGAACUCAAGCGUUCCUUAGAGGUUAAAGAGCGUGAAGUGAAGGCUACUACCAUGGAAAACAAACUGCUUCAGAUGGAGUUGGACAAGGCCCAAACCAGUGAGAAGGCACUUUUGAACAGGGUGGGCAGUUUGGAGGCACAGCUUGUCUAUGCUGACCGUAGCCUGCGGGCACAGAAUAAGAUUCAUGGUAAUGAAGGAAGUGCUACAGAGUCUGCUUACCUGGAGGUUCCCAAUGCUCACUCAAGUGUUCACACUAGAGCACAGGUGAAGAGAACUAUGAGCUCUGACAGCCUGGACCAGAGCUCUCUGGAGGACUCUCUGAACAGCACAAGGAAACUUUCGGCGCCUGAUGAAUCAAGCACACCACUUGUUCGCAGUUCAGAGCGCUUGGCAGCCAAACGCCGGGGUCUCAAGGCCGAGUCCUUGGAAACCCUGUACUUUACACCAAUAAACAACAGACAGGUCAACAGGACCAGCACAGAGCUCAAAAUGGAACCGGAUUCAGUCCUGAAAAAUCCGACUUCAUCUGUCAAGCGACGCAGAACCACGCAGGUUAUUAACAUCACCAUGACCAAGAAAACCCCAGGUGGCUGUGAACAUGAUGAGACUUUCUACAGCCUGGCCUCAGCUCGCUCCCAGCCGAACCUCUCCAGUGCCCACUCUGCACGACCCGUGUCUUUGGAGCUGUUUGAUACACCUGGAAGAAUGACCGGUGCUGCCAGCAACCAACUCAUGGGCCUUCCAGGGUACAGACGGAGCACGGUGCAUUCACAGACUGCUAGUACGUUCUGCGCAGGGGCAGAGAACGAGCCCGAUGGUGCAUCUGACGAUUGGAUGAGGAUUGCGGAGCUCCAGUCCAGGAACAAGGCCUGCCUUCCUCAUCUUAAGAGCAGCUACCCUGUGGAGUCUGAGACUGGCCGUGGCGGUGCGUUCGUUUUCACAGACGAAGAACUGCGCACCGGUGACCCUUCUGACACAAUCCGUCGGGCAUCCAUGAUGCCUGGCCAGCUGCAAGAAUCUCUUGCCUCCCAUCGACGGUCCUUCAUGGUGGGACAGACAGGUGCCGCUGCUGGUACACGUUCUCAUCGUCUGUCCUUAAUGCCAGGCCAACUGCCAUCAAGAACUGUCAGCUCCUCUCAGGUCAGAAGCCCGAAAGGCACAAAGCGGACUUCAUCUACUGCGUCUGUACAUCAGACUUCACCUGAGAAAAAGCCAAGGGCCAGCUGUUUCCCACGUCCACUCACCCCCAAAAAUAAAAAUGUACUCAGCGAACCUUAUCUUCAGCCUGCCCACAGUCCAGCUGAUCGGAGGCAGUCUAUGAUGUUUACUAUUGACAACACGCCUAAAAACAGCAACUACCUUAAGAAAGGCCUGAACAAACUGCGUGGCUCCACCCGGAAAUCCCCAGGCAAAAGUUUAAAGAAGUCGCCUGCUAACGCAUCUGCACGCAAGGGCCAGGAAAACAUUCGCUCAGGGAAUACUCGUACUGGAACAGUACGAGCAGACAGAGCUGGCAGCUUGAAGUCUCCUGGACUGACGGCCAGUGCUCGCAAGAUGAUGAGCAGGAUGAAGGUGUGAGGUAUGCCUCCCAAAUUGGAGUUACGAUCGUCUACAGUUCGACUUAAUUAUACUGUUUUUUCUUUUUCUUCUUCUUUUGACAAUUUCACUUUUAAGAUUGUCCUUAAGGGUUUUUUUUUCUUUUUUUUCUACAAUCUCUUUGUAAUAUAUUUACAUGUUUAUCAAUAAAAAUAUUUUAAAUGACA